AUGAGCAUUGGGCCGCGGUGGGAAGGACAGAAGAGUCCGAUUGUCCAAACUGCCGAUCUGGUAGACUCCCAACUUUGGAACUGGUCAAAGCGUACGACCAGACAGAGGAGAAAUCAAGUCAGCAGAUCGACUCGAGUCCAGCGCCCACCUGGUCAAGAAUGGAUGCAAGGUGCUUUGCUCUGUGCUUACAUCGCCACGGCGAUAGCAUGCGUUAAUGUCAUAUUCAUCUUUAUCGCGGUCGGAAUCGGCUAUUCCAAACGAUCCACGGCGCACAGCUUCUCGCGACUCCGACUGUAUCACGGCCACUGUAAUCGAACGAGUCACUGGGCGACCGCCAUCCACGUCAUCAUCAACCUCUUUUCCACUGCCCUCCUGGCAGCCAGCAGCCAUGCCAUGCAGUGCAUAGGAGCCCCCACCCGCGAAGAUGUGGACCGGGAACACAAGCAGCGCCGCUGGCUGGAUAUUGGAGUCGUGAGCUGGCGUAAUUUCCGCAUCAUGAACCCUAAGCGGAAGAUCCUGUGGCUAUUGCUUCUUCUCAGCUCAACCCCCAUCCAUAUGCUUUACAACUCCGUGGUAUACGCCUCCAUCGUAACCUACAACUAUGCCAUGAUCCUGAUCCCGGACGAUCUGUCCCCAACCGAGUCACUGGUACCGGCGAACAAUUCGGCCAACUUCUACGCGGCGGUGGGGAGCACUCCUGAGACACUUCUUACAGAGAUCUUCAACGGAACUUUCACCAAUAUGACUAACGAAGAGUGUCUCGACAGCUACGAUGUGCAAUAUAACACGCAACAGUCUACGUUGAUUUUUGUGGCCGACCGGCAGUUUUUGCCGAAUGAAAGCAGCCUUAGGGCGGUGAUGGACGGCUAUACCUCCAUUUACGACUACACGAACAACGAAGGGACUGACGUUGCGAAGACUGCCAUAGCCAACAACACGUGGACAGCGCAGGGGAUCAGCUGGAAUCUCUACUCUGCUGCCCUCGGCUACGAGAACCCUGAUGAGCCCCCCCAAAUCCCGAUUUCCCACUGCCUGGCCAAGCGCGCAGUCCAACGAUGUGAGCUGCUUUUUAGCCCGUCAAUCGCUCUUGCAGUGAUUGUCAGCAAUCUAGUCAAGGUUGUAUGGAUUUUACUGCGAGUGGGUGACGCUGUCGCCUCAUUCCUCCAUCAGCCUGAUCUCACCACUCAGGGCCGGUGUCUCAUGUCGCGGGAAGAUAUGACCCAUGGUCCUGACCCCUGGGAACUAGCAUCCAGUGGUGGGAGCAUUCUUCGGCGUCGACUGUGGCCCCUGCGGUUGCACAGAACGACAGAUAUUGCUUUGGGGAAUUUCGCCACAUCCCCUAGUGAAGGGCUGUUGGAGGGCGGUCAUCCCAGGAAGCUGUCCGAUCGGAAGUUCUGGUUCCAGGCUGCGAGUUGGAAGCGAUGGGUGCUUUGUCUUGUGUUAUUCUCCGCCUGUAUCGGCGUGCCUAGCUGGAUUUAUCACGCACUCGUCACUGAAGCCGAAUGGUCUUUGGCGGACCAGUGGUAUCUGGGCUUUGGUAGUCCGAACUAUGAAACAGGGCUAUAUUUCGGCACUAGUAACAUCCUGGCCCUGGUUCUACUGACCAACUCCCCUCAACUAGUGUUUUCCAUCCUGUACUUCCUCAGCAAGAACCUGCUAUCGUGCAUGCUGAUCACGGCCGAGUACAACGGCUAUGCGACGCAGCGCAAGCCUCUCCGCGUGUCUUGGCCCCGGGGCCAUCAGCGAUCCUCCUACUACCUCUCGCUGCCGAUGCGAUACAGCGGACCGUUAUUUGUCAUGUCGGCGGCCCUGCAUUGGCUACUCACCGAAAGCUUCUACUCCGUCGACUGGAAUGUGUACAACGUGUUUGGAGAAGUCGAUUACGAUGCUUCCCCCAACGGAUGUGGGUUUUCCCCGAUGGCGAUUUUCAUGACUAUCAUUCUCCUGGGGUUGGCAUUGUGCGCACUGCUGCUGCUGGGGGCGCGCCGCUUCAAGUCUCCUAUGCCGUUGGCGGCGCAUUGCAGCGCGGCCAUUAGUGCGGCCUGUCAUCCCCCGCCCGGAGAUGAAGCCGCUGCUUUUCAACCGGUCAUGUGGGGGGACGUCAGUCACCCCGAGUCCUCGACUCAUAGCCAUUGUACCUUUACAUCACAAGCGGCGGCAAGCCCCUCCAUGUCCCGUCUAUAUAGUUAA